AUGUGCUGGGUGGCUUGGGAGAAGCUUAUCAAGCCUAAAGCUCACGGAGGGUUAGGUAUUAGAGAUAUUCAGGCCUUCAACAAGGCACUGCUGGCCAAACAAACUUGGCGGAUCAUCACAAAACCCGACUGCCUGCUGUCCCGCAUACUAAGAGGCAAAUACUGUACUAAGGCUUCUUUCCUCCAGGUUUCUGAAACAAAGACAAUGUCGCACGGAUGGAGGAGCAUCAUUGCGGGUAGAGAUCUAUUGGUUACCCGACUGGGUAAGGUCAUAGGGAAUGGGGAAGGAACACGGGUCUGGAAGGACCCUUGGCUAAGACUUGAUCACCCUACUGUCCCGUUUGGACCAGUAAAAGAAAGCGACCAAGAUUUGUUUGUAUCUGAUCUCAUCUGCAGAGGAAGUGGAGAAUGGAAUAUCAACCAAAUAACAAGCAUUAUGCCACAUCUUCUUCCUGAGAUCCUCUGUAUCAGACCAAGUAUUACGGGAGCACCUGAUUCUUAUGCGUGGCUAGCUUCAAAGACAGGAGUAUACUCGGUUAAGUCUGGGUACUUCGUAGCAGCCUCUAUGAUCCAUGUUGAGGACAACGAAGCCACUGAAGCUCAACAAACUACGGAGCAAGCGUUAAACAAAGGCAUCUGGAUCUGCAAGACCUCCCCAAAGCUUCAUCUGUUCUUAUGGAAGAUAUUCCAUGGAGCCCUGCCGCUGGGAGAAAAUCUAGCAAAACGGGGAAUGCUUACCAACAUUUCUUGUAGACGCUGUGGUGAACUAGAGACGGCGGAUCACAUCUUCCUCCACUGUGCGUUCACACGUCGAAUCUGGUCAGCAAGUAUCUGGAGAAACGAGUUCAUACUGACAGAUACAUCUACUCUUGCAACAAUUUUUCUGGAGUCAGCGAACUACAUCAACCUUCCGCCAUUAGGAAUCAAAGAAACGAUCUUCCCAUGGAUUUGCUGGGCAAUUUGGACAGCAAGGAACUACCUUAUCUUCGAGAACAGGAAUUUUGAACCUAUUGAUAUUCUCUCCAAAGCCAUUGCUAACGCCCGGGAAUGGAAUGCAGCGCAACUACCAGGCCUUGAUCCUCCUAUCGCACGGAAUCCUCGAUUACCACCGACACUCACGAUCACCACUGAACCGGCCUGCUUCACUGACGCAGCCUGGCACUCGUCCACGAACAGAGCAGGGUGUGGCUGGUAUAUCCUAACACCUGAGAAGACUAUCACUCUACAAGGCACCCGUAUGUUUGAACACAUCUCAUCACCUCUGAUGGCUGAAGCACUCGCCAUCCGGUCAGCCCUCCUCCACGCCCUCGACGCUGGAAUCACUUUAAUCUGCAUCAAGUCAGACUGUCAGGCACUCAUCAAUGCCCUCUCCUCGAAGUAUCACUCGGCGGAUAUCUACGGAAUCAUUCGGGACAUCGAGGCUCUAUCUUAUCGUUUUUCUCGCAUUUCUUUUAGUUUCAUUCCGCGAUCACAAAACUCUAUGGCUGAUACUUUAGCCAAAUCUGCUAUGUACUCUGCUUUCCCCAACUAG